CCAGAUUCAAGAAUACAAGAAGAAUAGGAGAAGAGAGGAAGGCAGCAGCCAUGGGUUCCCAAACUCAAGAGCAACGACCCCUUCAUCUGGUCUUCUUCCCAUUCCUAGCCCGGAGCCACAUGAUCCCCAUGCUGGAGACCGCCGUCAUCGCCGCCGAGCGCGGCGUCAAGGCCACCUUCGUUACCACCCCUGCCAAUGCCCACCUCGUCCGACCAACCCUCGACCGCGCCAACUCCCUCCACCAGCCCCCCAUGGACCUCCGCAUCAUCCUCUUCCCCGCCGCCGACCACGGUCUCCCCGACGGCUGCGAGAACCUCAUCUCCCUCCCCGACGUAUCCCUUGCUGGCAACUUCUUCCGUGCCGUCUUCGCCCUCCGCAAGCCCCUCGACGACCUCCUCUGCGACCUCCGCCCCGUCGACGCCCUCGUCUCCGACGCCCUCUUCCCCUGGACCACCUCCCUCGCCGCCGAUCACAGCAUCCCCCGCCUCAUCUUUCAGGUCACCGGCCUCUUCCCUCUCUGCGCCGCCAACGACCUCGACAUCCACCGCCCCUACGAGUCCGUCUCCUCCCGCUCCGAACCCUACUCCAUCCCGGGCUUCCCCCACCCCAUCAAGUUCACCCGCGCGGAGCUCCCGGAAGUCUUCGACUUCCCUUACAUGCUGGGCCUCCUCCGCGAGGCCGAGCUCACCAGCUACGGCGUCAUCGUCAACAGCUUCUACGCCUUCGAGCCCGACUACGCCGAGCAUUACUACAAGGUGGGCCGCAGGAAGGUAUUCCUGGUCGGCCCGGUCAACCUCGCCGGAGCCAGACUACCGUCGACGGAGAAAAAAGAGGACGGCGGCCGCGACGCCACCCUGAGGUGGCUGGACGAGAAGGAGGACGACUCGGUGGUGUACAUAUCCUUCGGGACGCUGUGCCGGUUCAGCGACGAGCAGUUCCGGGAGCUGGCGCUUGGGCUGGAGGCGAGCGGCCACCCAUUCGUGUGGGCGAUGCGCAGCGACGGCGGCGCAGGAGAUGAGUGGAUGCCGGAGGGUUACGAGAAGAGAGUCGCCGGGCGGGGCCUGGUGGUGAGAGGAUGGGCCCCGCAGGCGGAGAUCCUGUCCCACCGGGCGGUGGGGGGGUUUGUGAUCCACUGCGGGUGGAACUCGGUGAUGGAGGGGGUGUGCAGCGGGGUGGCCUUGGCCACUUGGCCCCUCCACUCGGAGCAGUUCGUGUUGGAAAAGUUACUGGUGGACGUGCUCAAGAUAGCGAAGCCCGUGUGGGACGGGUUCAAAAGCGUGGUCGACGGCGAGAAGGCGGUGGUGCCAGCGAACGCGGUGGCGAGGGCGGUGGCGCUGCUCGUCGGCGGCGGGGAGGAAGUGGCGGCCAUGAGGAGAAGGGUGCGAGAGCUGGCGGAACUGGGCAGGAGGGCGGUGGCGGAGGGGGGCUCGUCGCAUGAAGAUAUGAGCCGUCUGAUCGAGGGGCUCAUGGCUUGCCGCGAGGAGCGUGAAAAGUCACAGGUGUAACGUCGGCCGUGCGAUGCCAUGAUUCAGAAAACUAGCUCGAUCGGAGUUUCUAAUAUGGGAGAGCGACUAGUAGGACUUUCGCACAAGUUAUCUUAAAAUAAAGUUUAUUUAAAUUGAUGUACUACUUUGGAGUAUUGUUAGAAUCAUGAGACAUUUAAAUAUUGAGCUAGUUAUUGAAAAAACACAUGCAGAUUAUUAUUUAAAUUGUUCCAUUGCAUA